GGACCCCGCCUGCGCGCGGUGUUCGCGGCCCUGGACAGCGACGGGGACGGCUUCGUGCGCAUCGAGGACUUCGUGCAGUUCGCCACCGCCUACGGGGCUGAGCAGGUGAAAGAGCUGACAAAAUACCUGGAUCCUGGUGGGCUCGGUGUCAUCAGCUUUGAAGACUUCUACAGAGGGAUCGAGGCCAUCAGAAAUGGAGAUUCCGAGGGCCCACUGUAUGGUGUCACUCCCACCCAGGGCGAAGAGAGCCCAGCCUGCCCUGAUGAGUUCGAUGACUUCGCCACCUAUGAGGCCACAGAGGUGACAGACAGUGCAUACAUGGGCUCUGAAAGUACCUACAGUGAAUGUGAGACCUUCACAGACGAGGACACCAGCACCCUGGUGCAUCCUGAGCUGCAGCAUGAGGCCGAUGCUGACAGCGCAGGUGGCUCAGCUGUGCCCUCCGAGUGCCUGGACGCCAUGGAGGAGCCUGACCCUGGUGCCUUGCUGCUGCUGCCUGGCAGACCCCACCCACACAGUCCACCCAUUGUCACAGUGAUUGGUGGCGAAGAGCAUUUUGAGGACUACGGCGAGGGCAGCGAGGGCGGGCUGUCCCCAGAGGCACUCUGCCAAGGGGAGGAUGGCUGCAGCCCUGCCUUGCUCACCCCCAGCUCCGACCCACUUGCGUCCAAGCUGCACAGCAUCCUCACUGAUGAAGCCUUUGAGUUUUACUGUAGCCAGUGCCACAAACAAAUCAACCGCCUUGAGGACCUCUCUGCCCGCCUGCUUGAUCUUGAGAUGAAUAGCCCGACAAAGCGCCUCUCCAGCAAGAAGGUUGCAAGGCACCUGCACCAGUCGGGGGCCCUGACCAUGGAAGCCCUGGAGGACCCACUCCCCGACCCCGUGGAGGGCAUCGAGGAGGCCAUCGCUGACAAGGUUGUCUUCCUGGAGAAGCGGGUGUUAGAGCUGGAGAAGGACAGCAUGGCUAACGGAGAACAGCACAGCCGCCUGCGGCAAGAGAACCUGCAGCUCGUGCACAGAGCCAACGCUCUGGAGGAGCAGCUGAAAGAGCAGGAGCUGCGGACCUGUGAACUGGUCCUGGAGGAGGCCCGGAAGCAGAGGGAUCUGCUAUGCCGCAUGGAGCGGGAGAAGAGCAUCGAGAUCGAGAACUUGCAGGCCAGGCUGCAGCAGCUGGAUGAGGAGAAUGGGGAGCUUCGGUCCUGCACGCCCUGCCUGAAGGCCAGCAUUGAGCGCCUGGAGGAGGAGAAACAGAAACUGGUGGAUGAGAUUGAGGACCUGACUCUGCGGCUCAGCGAGGAACAGGAGGGCCGGCGCAGACUGGGUGACCGGCUGAGUCAAGAGCGGCACCAAUUCCAGAAGGACAAGGAGUCCACCCAGGAGCUGAUCGAGGACCUCCGCAAACAGCUGGAGCAUCUUCAGCUAUUUAAACUGGAAGCAGAGCAGCGUCGCGGCCGGAGCAACAGUGCUGGCCUGCAGGAGUACCACAGCCGCACCCGGGAGAGCGAGCUUGAACAGGAGGUCCGCAGGCUUAAGCAGGACAACCGGAGUCUCAAGGAGCUGAAUGAUGAGCUCAAUGGGCAGAUCAUCAACCUGAGCAUCCAGGGUGCCAAGAGCCUCUUCUCAACCGCCUUCUCAGAGUCCCUGGCCGCAGAGAUCAGCUCUGUCUCCCGCGAUGAGCUCAUGGAGGCGAUCCAGAAGCAGGAGGAGAUUAACCUCCGCCUGCAGGACUACAUUGACCGCAUCAUCGUGGCCAUCAUGGAGACCAACCCAUCCAUCCUGGAGGUGAAGUAG